AUGCUUCACCAUCCAGAAGGAGUUUCGAAUACUGCAUUCCGCAGCCAAGCAUGCUUUUAUGAACUGGGACAGGACCUCUGCACCCUGUGCCAGCGGCCAUCGGCGCUGUCUGCUGCUGAAGGGGGCGCCUUAAACAGACCACGAGACCAGUGCAAAGACCUGCUGGUUUGGUUAGAAGAAAGAGAUAGGGAGAGAGAUCAGAAACUGGCUCAGAUGCUCUGUGAGCAAGAGCAACAAAGAGAACAGAAAGAAAGGGAAAAAGAAAGAAUGUCAGAACAGAGGGAAAAACAAAGAGACGAAAAACUGGCUCAGAUGCUCUAUGAGCAAGAGCAACAAAGAGAACAGAAAGAAAGGGAAAGAGUGUCAGAACAGAUGGAAAAACAAAGAGGCGAAAAACUGGCUCAGAUGCUACAUGAGCAGGAGAAAAAAUUAACGCAAAUGCUACAUGACCAAAGGAAAGAAUUUACGCAAAAGCUCAGUGAGCAAGAGCAGCGCAGUGAAGCGAAGCUAGACAGUAUCCAAAGCAAACUUGCCGAGAUGUGGGACGCUUGCAAAGAAAUACCCGAUCUUGUGCAAAGCUUAGCCGGCGAGAUGCAAAAAUUACAGAUAUCGCAGGCUAGGCUUGAAGACAACGUCCAGACUUUUACCACCCGCGUGGAUAAUGUGGAGAUAGAUGCACGGAAAAGUAUUGAUACAUAUUUGGAAGUGCAAGCUCAAAAAGUCGACAAAGAAUUUAAUGAAUGGCUAGAAGUAAAGGAUCGCGAGAUAUCUGCAAACAUUGAAAGCGACGUAAAAACAGCUGUAGAACAAGCGACUGCGGCCGCGAGUGUAAAUAUUGACGCUAGCGCUGCCGCACUACAUGCCGAAUUAACACAGAUCAAGUCCCGUGUGACAGCGGAGUUGCCAAAUUGGCAACAGGAGGUCGCGCGGAUACUGACUGUGUUGAAAAGCAAUGUAAACAGUGGCUGA